GAGGUGGAGGACGCUUUGAAAACGAAUUUAGGACCAAUCACUUAUCCUGUAAGUAGCAAAUGUAGUAUUUUGGCACAAACGAUUAUCUAAAAAAAAAAUAUAUAUAUAUAUAUAUCUCAGUUCUAUGCAUUCAGCAGGUUUUCACUGGUACCGUUCUAGCCAGGCAUUGCCGGAUAGCUGGCCUGCAUGCUAACAUUAGCUAGCAUUGUUAUUUACUUCUCGCAUGAUAUUGGACUUUAUACAGACGCUCACUUUUUUUGUACCUAGCCGUUUCAAGUUGUUCAUAUAUAAAGUUAGAAAGAAACACCCCUCUUGAUCAACUUAGUUGUAGCUUCUCAACAUGUAAUUUAUGCUAAGUGUUGUAAAAGAUUGGCACGCGUUACUGUUCUGCUUUGGCCUUUACCAGAGCCUUGUAGUGUUGUCACGAUACCACAUUUGUACUAACGAAACGAUGGGAGGAAAUGAUGGAGGGAUUGUCCUGUUCGCCCCGUCCCCCGGACGCUUGUUCCGGGUUUCAGAUGUUCUGCUUAUGUGCUACGCAGAAACCUGUCACUGAAAGUCGCACUUCUACUCAAUAAAACAUGUUGAAUUUAACUUUACACUGAAUAGUGUAAUUAUAGAAUACUGCACAGAAUGGCUGAUUUGCUCAUAUUUGUAUAGGCCAACCUGUGAUUUGGCUGGAGGAAUGGGAGGAAGGAAGGAAUAUAACUUUACAUGCAUAAUGAUCUGCGUGUCAUUGUGGCAGUAAGGGAAAACACUGCAUAAAACCUUUACUCUUCAGUUAACACACACCUCUCCCUCACAUACUGUCUCCCUCUCUACCACAAACACACACUGCUCUCAACUUUUGAAACGUUAGGCAUCAAACAAAUUAAGCAGCACCAAAAAUACAUUUUUUAUUUAGUUUAGAUUUUCAUUCGGCUUAUAUGAAUCUUUACCUUUUGAAGCACAUUUCAUGAGUAGCAUGCCCUUUUUCUUUCUUCCUGUGCCAAUCAGUGGCGAAGCCGUCUGAGGCACUGCAUCUCAGUGCUAGAGGUGUCACUACAGACCUUGGUUCGAUUCCAGGCUGUAUCACAACCGGCCGUGUUAGGGCUUGGUCGGGGUGGGUCGUCAUUGUAAUAAUAAUUUGUUCAUAAGACUUGCUUAGUUAAAUAAAAAAUCUCAGUUGCCUAGACCUACUGUGAAAUUAAAAGGUGGUUAGCUAGCUAUGUAACAUGACUGAACAACAUUGUUAUCAAACCAAUAAUUAGUGGACCGUGACAUGGUUUGUGAAAUUAUAUAAAACGAGUUUAAUUCCUAAUGGAGAGAAAAGGUAUCUCUGGUAAUAUGGGUUGUAUAUUUUUUUACGUUUAGGCUAGAGACAAGCGGUGUUCUCUGCUGCAAAGCUGCAAGCAUGCCUGUGGUUAAGCUGUGCUCAAUUUCCCCUCUCUGGCACUCAGAGGUUGCAUGACAGUGUACUUAUAACACGUGAUGAAAUGAAUGUAUCAACUUUGCUAGCUCUGCUCCACUGUAACAAAUGUACAAAUAUAACAACACAAGACUUAUCAGGGUCUGCAGCCCCGCUCGCCAUUAAGGCUAAAUUAUAUUUAUAAAUGAUGGAGGGAUAGAUGUGCAGGAAGAGCGGACGGGGAGAAGCAGGUGAGUGAGGGUUGGUAGGGGAAUGCGGCUAGCUGAUUACAGCUGCCACCUGAUAUGCGCAUGAAAGUGAUGUGGAUACUAUUGGACCGUGUAUACUAGUGGCUGUUGCUUCAAUUCAACUGAAUAUAUGAAUAAAGCUGACUUUAUCAACAUGUUAUAACAGGCGUCAGCAGCUCCUUAAGAUCGGCAGGGCCGACAAAUUUGGUGGUAUGAUAUGAAACGGUACUCUAAAAUGUUGGUAUCAUAAGUAUCAUGAUGUUUUGGUACCGUGAUUACCGGCAUACUGUUCCACACUGAAAUAGAGGACUCUGCGCUAUAGUGUGCUUGUGCUAUCAUAAGUCAUUCCAGGGAUGUUUAUAUUCUGUCAUGACUUAUGAGAGAGCACCACUGAAAUCUGACAUUGCAGCAUCUAAUGAUCAGUCACGUUAUAAAUCCUAUCCAGCGUCAACUUAUCACAUGACAGGGAUGAAGCAGCCAUGUCAGUGAAGUAUCAGUGCUGUUGAGGCUAAAUCGAACCUUUGUCUCUGUACAGCCAUGGCGACUGAGGGCCCAGAGAAGACUGGUGAGGAGGCUGCGGGGGCCGGGGCGGGCGCUGGUGGUGGGGGGACGAGGUUCGACCUGGAGAAAGAGACAGAGCUGCGGUUCGAGGUGGAGGCUGGGGAGAAGGUGCAGCUGGAGCUGCUCACGGGAUUGGCCGAAGUCUUUGGUUCGGAGCUCAACCGCAACAAGAAGUACACGUUCCCACCGGGCUCCAAGAUCGCUGUGUUCACCUGGCAGGGCUGCAGUGUUUCUCUCUCAGGGAAGACAGAGGUGGCGUACGUAUCAAAGGACACACCCAUGCUGCUCUACCUGAACACCCACGCCGCACUGGAACAGAUGAGACGACAGGCGGAGAGAGACAACGAAAGGGGCCCACGGGUGAUGGUGGUGGGGCCUACAGACGUGGGGAAGUCGACGGUGUGCAGGCUGUUGCUGAGCUACGCUGUCAGACUGGGCAGGAGGCCUACACUGGUGGAGCUCGACGUGGGCCAGAGUGGGGUGUCAGUCCCGGGCACAAUGUCAGCGCUGUGUAUUGAGCGUCCCGCUGACGUGGAAGAGGGGUACUCAGUACAGGCUCCGCUGGUCUACCACUUUGGCUCCACCACUCCAGGAACCAACAUCAAACUCUACAACAAGUUGACAUCAUGUCUGGCUGAGGUGUUUUCCCAGCGCUGUGAGGUGAACAGGAAAGCCAGUGUGGGCGGCUGCAUCAUCAACACCUGUGGGUGGGUGAAGGGUUCUGGCUACCAGGCCCUGGUCCACUGCGCCUCAGCCUUCGAGGUCGAUGUGGUUCUGGUGCUGGACCAGGAGAGGCUCUACAACGAGCUGAAGCGGGACCUGCCGCAUUUCGUCCGAGUCGUGCUGUUACCCAAAUCCGGAGGGGUCGUGGAGCGCUCCAAAGACUGCCGGCGUGAGGCUCGGGACGACAAGAUCCGGGAGUACUUCUACGGUUUCCGCGGUGUCUCGUUCUACCCUCACGCCUUCGACGUGCGCUUUUCUGACGUGCGCAUCUACAAGAUCGGAGCGCCGUCCAUCCCGGAUUCGUGCCUUCCUCUGGGGAUGUCGCAGGACGAUACCCAGCUGAAGCUAGUCCCUGUGACCCCAGGUCGCGACCUCACGCACCACGUACUGAGUGUAAGCUGUGCCGAUGAGGGGGAGGAGGUGGCUGGUGGGGUGCGCAGGGGCUUGCUGGAGAGCCCGGUGUGUGGGUUCAUUGUGGUGACUAACGUGGACACACAGGGACAGGUGAUGACCGUGCUCUCGCCUGCCCCAAGACCCCUCCCCAGACACACACUGCUCAUCAUGGACAUUCGCUUUAUCGACCUCAAAUAGAGGAGGAGAGCGGGGAAAAUGCAAGAGGAAGAGCGAGAGAUGCAGUAUUUCUGAAAUCUGUUGGCUCUGUCAAGUAGUUUUUUUUCAGUAGCACAGUGUUUGGGGCAGCAGAGCAGUAGCCUGGUUGCUCUGUUUAGCUGACAUUACACUCCUUGUACCAAAAAUCUAUCUUUGGCAUAUGACAAGGGUUGGAAUGAUACCUAAACAGAGUGGUACCCAGACUAGUAGAGCGGUAUCUGUUCUGUCAAUAUUUGGUUUCACACUCAACUGAUAAGGCAGAGAUGAAAUACAGCACAAGUGUUGGGUGGAGAGUGUUGAAUAGAGGAGGGAGGGGUUUAGUGUUGGGUGGAGAGGAAUGGAGCUGAGGGAGGAGGGAAAACGGCUGUAAAUAUUUUUUCAAUUCAACUUAUCAAUUGCAAUGUACAGAAACUGGUCUUGGUUUUAUAUCAGUUCUAUCAAGUUGUUUUCCCACACAAGACUGUUUGGUAUGAUUGUUUUUAUUGUGAAAAUACAUUUUUAAAUAAAAUGUGCCAUUUCCAGCAA